CGCCACCCCUUCCCCCUUCACCAUGAGCAACCUGAAGCCGGACGGCGAGCACAGCACCGGCACCGGCACGGGCUCCGGCACAACCCUGGAGGAGGAGGAUCCUUGUUGGAGAAAGGACUGUCUUCUCCAUGAUGGUCCCUUGAGUCCAGAGUCCAGUCUUGGUGAUUCUAAGACGGGGAUUUGAAGAAGACUGUAGUUGUCCUUCACAGUUAAAUGGUUCGGACAUUGUUUGUCAGUGGCCUCCCCAUGGACAUUAAACCCAGAGAACUCUACCUGCUCUUCCGGCCGUUCAAGGGAUAUGAAGGGUCCCUGAUCAAGCUCACCUCGAGACAGCCUGUUGGUUUUGUCAUCUUUGACAGCCGGGCAGGAGCAGAAGCCGCCAAGAAUGCAUUGAACGGUAUUCGCUUUGAUCCUGAGAACCCACAAACCCUGAGGCUAGAGUUUGCCAAAGCCAACACCAAGAUGGCCAAGAGCAAGUUAAUGGCAACACCAAAUCCCACCAGUGUUCACCCUGCCCUAGGAGCACAUUUCAUUGCCCGGGAUCCCUAUGACCUGAUGGGGGCUGCUCUGAUCCCUGCGUCCCCAGAGGCCUGGGCCCCUUAUCCUCUGUACACCACAGAGCUGACCCCAGCCAUCUCACAUGCUGCGUUCACCUACCCAGCUGCCACUGCUGCUGCUGCUGCUGCCCUCCAUGCUCAGUCACCUGACUCACCCAAGUUGGAGGGAAAGUUGCUGCUUGAGAUGCAGGGGUCACAGUACCUUGUGGAGGAAGUAUAAGACAGGAUCUAGCAGCUGCUCAGAUUCUCCAAUGUAAAAAAAGGUAAGCUAGAGGCUUCCUAGUCCCUUCUAGUCUCAUCCCUCACUCUCCCCUCAUUUGGCCCUGCAGGGCACCCAGAUGGGUAAGGGAUCUGGGCAGGGCCACACUGAUGGGUUUCCUGAGCUGGACUGAGCCAAGGCUUCUCUGGUGGCACCACUGCCAGUUUCUCAUGUGUCAUUCUUAUGUGGAAUGAUUUGUAGUGUCCAGCCACAUGGCCAGCUGAGAGAACAUCCCCUGGGCCACAUCUAGGAAGGGACAUGCUGUUGGGGGCAAGAGAAGCUUUCCACACAGCUGUCAGCCUAGAAGGGAAGGAUCUGCUUCCCAACACUUAGGAGGCAGGAUAGGAAAUACCAUGGCUUCUGAGGUGGGACAGGCAGCUCCAAGGCAAGGAGAGGCCUUUUCUGUGGGCUACAGGCUCUAUUAAGGUAGUUCCUGUGACCCAGGGCCAUUGUAUUCUGGUGACAGCAGUGCCACAUCCUUUAGAGCCCAGGGGAAUCCUAGUGUUGAUUGGGUGGCCAGACACUCACUUCCUACAGCAGUCCAGGGUGGGUGUGUGGCCAGAAAUCUGCAUUGCACAAAAUAACAUCAAGAAUUUGCACAGGGGCUGGGGAUGUGGCUCAAGCGGUAGCGUGCUUGCCUGGCAUGUGUGCAGCCCUGGUUGGAUCCUCAGCACCACAUACAAACAAAGAUGUUGUGUCCGCCGAAAACUAAAAACUAAAUAUUAAAAAAUUCUUUCUCUCUUAAAAAAAAAAAAAAAAGAAUUUGCACAGAGCAAAUUCUUAGGAAACCUCCCCUCCGCCCCCAGAGGGCCUGGCAUCCUUGGACAUACUCUGUCUACCCAAGAGGCAGGAAUUGUGGCUGCUAAGUGGGUAACUGGUACCACCUGCUCUGCUUCAGGGUGUCUGACUAUGUACUUGGCUUCAAUCUCAUUCUCUGUGGUCCCUUACUUUCGUGUGUCAUUCCUUCCUUUUUUAAGGGGACCCUGGGCUCCCCUUCUGAGUUCUGAUCCCUAUACGACAUUCGUGUGGUGCCCCUUCCCUCUCCCAGACAGCCAUGGCAGGCUAGAGCAGACAUGCUCUGCCAUGUGUAACAGGCAGGUGCCUUCCCUGCAGCCUUGGCCUCGCAGACAGUGUAGCCCUCCUUCCAGAUGACUGGCCCAUGGGGACAGGGUUCUCUCUCUCUCUCUCAGUGGUGCUAGAGAUCGAACACACUCAACAAGGCAAGUGCCUAGCCUUGCAUGUAAUUUUCUUGAUCAGACUCUGGGAAUCCAGCUUUGGAACCAUUGCUCUGUGGGGCCUUCUGGCAAGUGCUAGAGUUUAGGUGGCUGCUGGGCACUGGUAGGAUACUUUGAGGCUGCCAUCCCUGUAGAUGCUUUGAAGAAUUGUAUAAGGACAGGAGUUUUAUCUCUUAGAUGACCCUGUUUUGUUUGUCUUGUUUUGUUUUGAGUACUAGAGAUUGAACUCAGAGGGGCUUUCCCACUGAGCUUCAUCCCCAGACCUUUUUAUUUUUUAUUUUUAGUCAGGGUCUUACUGAG